AGGCGACUGCCUCCGGAUUUGAGAUUGAUAUCCCAAUUUAGAGAUACGGCAGGCAAGAAGCGCAAGAAAUCCGAAUCAUCGAUCAUUGGCGGUUUUAUGAAAAGAAAAAUGUUAACUUUUGCAAAUUAAGAGAGUCCCAUCAAAUUUGCGACCCAACCGAAUGUCAUUCCAGGGAGCGGAUAGGAGCAUGUCGGACGCUUAUUGGAGGUAUACCGACUCACAGCAGCAACCUCCGUCUGCCGUCGUCGGGAAGCGCCCACGCGUUGAUUUCGAUUCUACAGGUGGUCAUGAGUUGCCCCACUAUUACCCUCGUCAAGAUGAUAGAGCAAUGAUCCAAGGAAUCAAAAGUGUGGAUUCCAUCAAUGAAUCCUAUGAACGUUACUUGCGCAGCUCGCAAAUUUCCUCAUAUGGUGGAGGACAGUCUGCUAGACCUGUUAGUGGGGGAGUUCCUGGUCAUCCGGUCAAUGAUCCACCUAUAGUUGGGAUUGGGGGUGUGGUUUCAGGGGCAAACGUUAAUGAUAGAAGUGCAAGCUUUGGAGUUGGGAGGCCGAACGUUCCUCUUCCGCCUGAUGCUUCUAAUACACUGUUUGUGGAAGGCUUGCCUUCCAGCUGUACACGACGUGAAGUAGCUCAUAUAUUUCGCCCUUUUGUUGGCUACAAAGAAGUGAGACUUGUUAACAAGGAAUCCAGAAAUCCUGGAAGAGAUUCAGUGGUGCUUGGUUUUGUAGAUUUUGUGAGUCCUGCCCAUGCUGCCACGGCAAUGGAUGCCUUACAAGGUUAUAAAUUUGAUGAGUUUGACCGUGACUCGGUCAAUUUAAGGUUGCAAUUUGCUCGCUUUCCUGGUGCAAGGUCAGGUGGUGGGCAUCGUGGAAAGCGUUGAGUUAUGCGAUCUCCCAGGAUUUGCGCAUACGGUGAAGUUAUGAAUUUGAGGCCAAUAUGACAGUCCCCCUCAUUUCGAAAACUGGAGCAUAUUAGUUAGAACCAACCGAAUUCGUAUACGAUUAUAUGCGACAAAUGUGGUGAUUUGGAGAGUGCUUUUACUUUUAUGAUAUCUACUCUGUUUUCAUACGUGCUGCUAUGAACGUGAUGUUGAGCUGUGAGAUAGCUUUCUGCUUUCAUACGUGCUGCCAUGAACGUGUUGUUGAGCUGUGAGAUAGCUUUCUGCUUUCAUCAUUAUUAUCGAGUAGUGACUAUUUCGACCCGAUGAUACCCAGACGUGAGUUUAGUUAGUGACGAAAAAAGCCAUCUUAUUUAUACAGUACAUUUUAUUGGUAUUUUACUUCAUUAUCAAAUUUAACUUCUAUGUCCUGAAGCUGUGCGUUUUAUUUGAAAUUUUUUUUUAUUUAA